AUUGCGGAAGAUGAUGAAGAUCGGGCCAAUCUGGAAGUGGAAGUGUCUCAGAUGAAUCGCAAAUGGAGCAGUUUCCACCGGGAAGUCGGGGAAACACGUCAACAAAUUAAUCUUUCCAUAGAUUACUUCACUCUAGUCGAAGAAGUGGAGCAAUCCUUCCGGUCAGGUAGUCAGAUGUUGGUUACAGUUGCUCGUAAAUCGACACAAGUCAAGACGCCGGAAGAGGCGACCACGUUAUUGAAAGAAGUUGACGGAUUCAUAAAACCUCAAGAAGCUCAACUGGAACGCAAGAUAACCAAGAUUUCACAGAUGGCCAUCCAACUUUACGGUCACGAGAGUUCUGAUCGCAUCCAGCCAGUGCUUCAAGAAAACCGUAACAUGUUGGACUCUUUCUCGGUUAUGAAUGCAGAACUGACAACAUUGGCUACGAAUCUGAAAGCCGCUGAAGAUCGUUUCAAACAAGCAGAAACGCAAGCGGCUGUGCAGGAAUCGCUGGAUGCAGCCAGGGCGGAAGCGGCUUCAGCUCGAGCUGCAGCCUCUGCUGCCGAAGAAGCUCGUAAGGCGGCUGAAGCGGCCGCGUUGGCUAUGAAGGAAACCCAAUCACCUCCGCCACGUCCACCUCUUCCAGCCAGUAUACCUGAAUUGCCCAGGCCGUCAGCUGCCGCCCUCUCCUCCGGCAGGGCUCCUACGCCCCCGAAACGAGCCAAACCAGUUGAAAUGCCUAUCGACGAACCUAUUUUUACCACUUUGCUUCAAGAUGCUACGGUUGAGGAGAGUAAAGCUGUUCAACUGACGUGCAGGGUGACGGGCCAACCAACCCCAUCUAUUUUGUGGCUGAAAGACGGAAUGGCCAUCGCCAAUAAUCCCGACUAUCAAACGAAAUUUGACGAACGAGAUGGCACCUGUUGUCUGACUAUCGACGAAACGUUCGCCGACGAUUCAGCUCGUUUUACCUGCCAAGCCAGUAAUGUAGCCGGAAUCGCUGAAACCACUGCUUUUCUUCGAGUUCAAGAAUGCGCGGAGGAUGUCUUACUACCACCGGAAUUCGUCGAGUCUUUGAUUGAUUCGACGGCCAGAGAAGGCCAGCCUCAUCAGCUCUCUUGCCGUGUCGUAGGCAUUCCCGUCCCGCUGAUUUCGUGGUACAAGAACGGCAUCUGCGUGGACUACUGUCGUGAUUACAACAUCUCCUUCAACGACGGCCUGUGCACGUUAAGUUUUUCGCAAGUCUUUGUCGAAGACGGUGCCAUGUUCGAAUGUAGGGCCGCAAACGAGGCAGGUGACGCUGACACGGCAGCCCAUCUCACCGUCGAACCUUUGGAACCAACGGAGGUACCUGCUUUCAAACCAGGUUUGAGUAGCAACGUUAUGGCUCGCACUGGCCAAAAAGUCCGUCUCGAAUGCGUCAUAUCUGCCGGACUGCCCAAACCUUCAGUGCUAUGGUUGCACAACAACAAACCGGUCAAGGAAACCCGAGACAUCAAAACUUUGGUGGAAGGUAACAGACAUUUGCUGACUAUCACCGAGGCGUUUCCCAAAGAUGCUGGGACGUAUACGGUCGUGGCGAGAAAUCCAGCGGGCGAAGCCAUCACGACAUGCAAUUUAGCUGUCAAGGGUCGGGUUCCGACAGAAACUUCGGAUUCGGAACUUGCGUCAGACAUGGAACCUAUCAAACCAGGUAUCCAGCAAAGCUUACCAGCCAAAAUGAACGUCCGCGAAGGCGACAAAGUUAGAAUGGAUUGCGUCAUUGUGGCUCAACCCGAACCUGAGGUAAUCUGGUAUCAUAAAGAUCGACCUGUCAAAGAAUCCAGCGAUUUCCAGCUCAUUUUUCAAGGCGAUCGUUGCUCUUUAAUUAUCCGCGAAGCUUUUCAAGAAGAUGCCGGACUCUAUAGAGUUGUGGCCGUCAAUUCAGCUGGCGAAGCAUCCAGCCAAUGUCACCUAACCGUAUCUCCGAUAGAAGAGAAACUACACGAUGAAGGGACUAAUUCAUCAGUGACUUUAGCCUCCUUGACAGCGCAACCAGAUCCCACGACGGAACCGCCCGUUUUCAAAAAGACUUUUGGCAAUGUAGCAGUAGACGAAGGCGGGCCAUUGAUCUUAGAUUGCACCAUUACCGGGCGACCCACGCCUCACGUCCAAUGGCAUUUUAAUGAUCAACCCAUCACCGCGUCUGGUUUCGGAUUUAAAACCACUAAAAUAGGGGAAAACCAGUAUCGCUUGUCCGUCGAUAUGGCCCGUCCGGAACACGGUGGUCGCUACAAAUGCGUAGCGGAAAGCCAAUCGGGAGUAGCUACUUGUGUGGCAGAUGCCACCGUCCAGCCGAGAAAACAAGACGACUCUUUUGUGAACCGGAGGGCCGUUUUUAGCCAAUCCAGCACCGUUGUCAGUAGCCAAGAGAGCAGCUAUCGUUCCGUGACUCGACAAGUCCAGCAAUCGAUCACGCAAGUGACGGGUCAGGCUGCCCAACAGAUGGCGACUGAGCGUACGGAAGUUAUCGAGAAAGAGGGAGAUGAUGAGCCGGUGUUGUCUGUUAAACAAAGGGCGAGUCUUUUCGCUGGAACAGAAGCGGCCACGCCCAAAGCCAAUCCUGUCCAGGUGGUAAAGAAAACUCAGCGCAAAGAUGUGGCUCCCAGAUUCGUAACAGCUUUGACUGGCGUCAUGGUGGAGCCGGGGGCCAAUAUCCAGCUGGAGGGCAUAUUGGAUGGUCAUCCUAUUCCGGAUGUCAAGUGGUACAAAAAUGGCGUUGAACUUGUCCCGCCGGAAGAGCAAGAUCGAUUAGAUGUUUCAUCCGGAGGGCAGAAAGUCCGUUUGUCCAUUAAACAAAUGGAAGAAUCCGAUGCUGGGAGGUACACCUGCACGGCUAGGAAUUCCGCCGGAACCGCUAGUAGCACGGCCGAUGUGGUCGUUCGUCGCACCCAGUUUCCGCCCGUGUUUGGCAGACGAUUGCAGGCGCAGACGGUACGUUCUGGCUCUCGAGUUACGAUGGAAGUCGAAGUGACUGGAACUCCUCCGCCGGAAGUCUCUUGGAGCAGAGACGAUCGUUUGUUGAGCUCCAACAAUGAUGGACGCAUAUCCACUAAAGUGGAAGGCACUCGCCACUGGAUCGUCAUUUCUAAAGUGUCCGAGCUGGAUGCUGGACGCUACACUGUCAGGGCUAUGAAUCGAGCCGGAGAAGCUAUUAGCACGGCGGAAUUGUUCGUGUCGGCUGCCCUAGUCGUUGAAGAGCCUUCCAGCCGGAAACAUCCACCACUCAAAGUGGAUGUGACUGCCAAACCUGCUGAUUUGCUUCCAGAACCGCCACCGGAAGUGCUUUACGCGCCUAAAUCUGAGACGCCUAAAAGCUCUUCUUCCGGAACUCGGGUGGAUUUUGCGGAAAAAACCCGUUUGCUGGAAGAGGCCAGCAAAAUAGUCAGCCCGACCGAAGUUCCAGGUCGUAUUCGACUUUUACCCAUGCCGUCCGACUCUGAAUCUUCUCCGCCGAGAAUAAUCCGCCCAACCCCGCCUCCGGAAUUGCCUCCUCGUCAGCCCAGCGUUGAAUUGUCGAAAUUCGAACCUUUUCCGCAAUUGGAACCGUUUCCUUUCAAACCCGAUCCGCCACGGCCGGAAAAGAAGAAACCGGCUGCUGUUCCAGCCGUGCGGAAGCCUGGGAAAUUCGUUCGCGGCGAAUCGCGUGAAAGCGAUUACGAAAGCGAUCUGGAAGGUGCGCGGAUUACACCCAGAUGGGUCCCGCCCGGAAGCGAUACAGACGACACGGCGAGCUAUAAGAAAGUCAAGCCAAAAUUAGCAUCGGAUGGUGAACGUACGAGCCGGGCUGUUUCCAAAGAACCGACUCCGCCCACCCAGUUUGAAGUUCCAGCUGAAAUGGAGGGUCCACCGCGGCCAAAAGUUCUUCCUCUAGAGCCGGAAGUUGUCCCACCCAAGCAAGAAGAGCAGCAGUCGCAGCUCAUUGCCGCGCCCGGCACCCAAACUUGGCCCAGAAUAAAAUCGCCAAAACCGCCAUCCGCCGAAGGCUUGGCCAUGGAGAAAUCGUGGGUUCCAAAACGAGUGGAAAGCGAUUCCAAGACUUUGCCGAGGUUGUCGGUCAGCCCAGUGGGUCAUCUGAAACCGUCGCCAAAAGCUCUCGAAAUGGAAAAACAAUGGAGUCAUCGAUUUACUAGUCACAAUUCCAAAAUCUGGCCGCCACCACCGUCUGAGCAAGAGCCCCCGUCCAUCCCGAUUUGGACGGGACACUCGUCAACGCAGCAGACCAGCACCGUGAUUGAACGCACGGACCAACGAUUUGAAAGUGUCACCAAGAAAAGCAUUUUGAAAACUGCAACGACGGGUCCCACGGUUAUCGAUCAACCGUCACGACAUGUCACAAUCCAAGGCGAAGACGAAGUCGUUUUUGCGAAGGUUGCGUCCGUCAUCCCGUCAGAGCCGACGGCCCUGAAGUCGCAGUCUCCACAGACCAGCAAAAAGUUUGAGCCUUUCCCUCAACUGGAACCUUUUCCUUUCGAGGCGAAUCCUCCUGGUCCAGCAGUCGAUGCCAAGAAAUGUGGAGCACCGCCCGUCCGCAAACCGGGCAAAUUCGUUCAAGGGCAAUUUAUGGAGAGUGACUACGAGAGCCAUCUGGACAGCUCUCGCAUUCCAUCCAGAUGGCUGCCUGCGGGUAGCGAUACCGAAGAGACAUCCAGCUUCAAGAAAAUUCAACUGCCCAAGUUGUCGACUGACAAACCUGCCGAGCGGAAGCAAGGAAAGUGUCCGUCACCUCCGUCCAAGUACGACGUCAAUCCUCCGCAGUAUGUCGGACCUCCGCGACCGGAAUUUAAGAAGCCUUCGCCUCCAGUUCAGACGGAGUUUAAACUGCCUACCCCACUUAAUCAGCCCGAGUCUAAACUGCCUACUCAGCCGGAAGGGUCUCCCAGAAAGCCGUCCAUUACGGGAACGGAGACUGUCCAGCGAAUGCAGAUGGAAGAGUCGACUCGUUUCAGUAAACGAUUUGUCACAGUUGAGCAGACGACUAGAACUGUCCAAUUGCACCCGGCUGAUGUGGUUAGACCAGCGCCAGCUGUUGUUCCAGCGGUUAUUAAGCGUCCGGUAGAACAGCCUCUGGAACCUUUUCCUUUCGUGCCCGAUCCACCUCAACCGAGAAAAGCCUAUUCUCCGUUGUCGGUCGUUAAGCCCAGCAAGUUCAUUCCGGCUGGAUGCUCUAGAGAAAGCGAUUACGAAAGCGAUUAUGAUGGUGCAAAAAUCAGGCCUAGAUGGACGCCGGCCGGCAGCGAUGCAGAGUACGAACCUGCCUACCGUAAGGUCCAGCCGCCAUCGUCUGCCGCAAGUGCCAAUAAGAAACCGACUACUGGAGCACGAACGCCUACACCACCGUCUGUAUUCGAUCAGCCGCCCAGUUUUCAAGGCCCGCCUCGCCCAGUCAUUAGCCCGACAGAUGUGAUUAAAAUCAAAUCGGCACUUGACAAGUCUGAGGAGAGGCCCGUCGUACUAGUCAAACCGAAAGCCAUUCGUCUGCCAGCUCCGCCAAUAACCGCCCAGACGGGUAAGGUUUUGCAGCCGGCCGAAGAACCCGUUUAUUGCUAUGCCGAGCCACCACCCACUGCUGCUGCCGCUCAGGAGAAGGCGGCUUCGCAUUUCGUCCAGAUGUCUGACGCUUUCCGAACGAAAGCCCAGCAUUUCGCCCAGCAAGUCAUUUCGGACGUCAAAGCGACCAGCGUUAUUCCUCCUGAGGUGACAGCAGCCGAACAGCCGGUAGAAGCUAAUCCCACUGUCGAACAACAGCCAGCAGUUGAAACGACGGGCAAUGAGCCACAAGCCUAUCACGAAGAAAGUCGGCAGUCAGAGUUCGGUACGAAGCACAUCGAUCCAGACACGGGUCUAAUCUAUUUCAAGUACGAUUUCGGUUACGAAUUCGGUCUUGUGCUGCCCGGUGAGCCGCAAAAAGUAGACAAGAUUGAAACAAGCAUUGGCAAGGAAGGAACUAUUGAGCUUCCCGUUUUACACGAGCAAACAGUCACACCAACACCGCCAGCAAACAACCCUUCUUCUACACCAACCGUUGCAACUGGGGAGAUUCAAAAGCAGCCUGCUAAGAAAGAGAUGCCAAACUUUAAACCAAAGAAAUUUACGCAAUACAAAGCUGCUAAGUGGGAGCCCACUGACAGUGAGUUAUCUGAUCAGGAGAGUGGGAAAGUACCUUCGUGUUACUACGACGAAAGGAAACAGACCUACAGUAAAUUCCAGCCUCCAGAACGUAGUCUCAGCCCACAAUCCCUGGCAUCCAGUUCCCCUCGAGAUAGCAUUUCUGGACCUCAAAAGCUGCCAGAAUAGAACAGUGACCCAUCUUUUAAUGGUUGGAGGAGAAAUGAGAAAAUAACUUGCAAGCCAGGUAAGAUGCUGAAUUGAGCCCUUUUGCAAUGGAUAUCACCCCAAACACACACACACAUUUGACCGCCUUUACUACAAUGCGAUUUUAUUGAAUAGAUUUCAGGAUCUUCUUAUAACUAACGAAAUUAUUUAUGUUUUACGCAAAACACCCUUUGUUCUUUUGCUGUUGCUGCUGCUGCAAAACUGGUUGAUAUUAUCUUUCUGUCCCGACAUUGUUUAUCGACACGAACAGAACUCUUUGGAAUUUGGAUGUUUACUUGGAAACUAAAUUUCCCCUCCCUCUUAUUUCAACUUGGUUGUUUAUUUUGGCUUUGGAUCGACAUCUAGUGGGCUCUGAUAGAACUAUAAACAUCAAAUACAUCUUCACCUGAUAA